AUGGUCACGUGCGAGGGCGUACAGGCUUAUCAAACACGAAGACAAAGUGAGGGGCUAGUAAGUGGUCAAGGACAGCUACGUGGACGCAUUAGACGUGCAACCAUUGGUGAUGCACCCCCGUUUGUUGCCAUCUCGCAUGUCUGGGGGGAUAGGAAAUUUGACCGAAGCAUACACCUCGACUCAGGUUGCGGAGUUAAAUAUGCUCAAAUUUCCCCGAAUCUUGAGGCACUGCUCACCAAGCUCCUCUGUCUUGACUCGGCUGCUCUUCCGCAACUAUGGGAGGAAGGCUCAAAGCUACUCUUGUGGGUCGACAUGAUUUGCAUCAACCAGAUUGAUGUCGGUGAAAAAGCUUCACAAAUCCCUCUCAUGCGAAACAUCUACUCACAGGCGCGGUCCGUCCUUAUUUGGAUCAACGAAGACAGCAGCCACGUUCAUCAUGCCUUCCGCUACCUCCGCCAAAUCAUCACAGACCUAACAGUCGUGGAUACAAAUCGCUCGGUUCUAUUUGAUCCAAAAGGAUGGGAUGCUAUUAAGCAUCUUUUGAAUUGUGAUUGGUUUCAUCGGAGAUGGGUUCUCCAAGAAUCAGUGGUCCCAAAAGAUGCUGUCUUUCUCUGCGGUUCGGAAGUCAUGCCUAUCAAAGACCUUUUUGAUGGGGUUGAUGUGGUCAUAGGAAUGUUACUGGCACGUCCUCAAGAGCUCAAGGUCCUUCAUGUCGCACAUGUAGGGUCCGUUAGGCCAGUAUUGGCUUUGAGAGAAUUGAAAAAACGCUACGCUAGUGCCAGUUCUCCAUCGACGUUGCUCUGGUUGCUUGAGCACUUUCGAUUUACUAGAACAACCUUGGCUCACGAUCAAAUUUAUUCGUUACUCGGUCUUUGUAGCCCAGAUGAAGUUGCUGGAAACCCUAUCCGAUACGACCUCGAACCUGAGGAUGUAUACAAAACAUUCGUUGCAUCCCACGUACAGCUGUAUACUAACUUAGAGUUCCUUGGUCUCUGCACACCUGCUCAGCGCGACAACCUAUGGUCGGGACCGCUGAACAAUCCGAUAUCCCGUCCUUUUGGUGGCCCUUCGUGGGUACCGAAUUGGCAUUCAGGACGUCUCCGACGUUGUUUAGGUCUCAGCAGCUUAGACCCCAACGUACAAUUUUUCAACGCCUCUAACACACUUCCCACAACCAUGUCAUUUCAAGGGAAUGAAUUGAUUGUUUCUGGUGUUCAGCUUGACAAAAUUAGGGUUUUCGGUAAUUUUUGUCAACACGACCAGCGCUCUGAGUUGUCCAAUACCAAUUCAAGAUUAUUUCAACAGUAUUUUGAUUUCUGGAUGACAGCGACGGGCGUACCGAUGCCGUACAAAGACAGACAAUGCAUGGCUGAAACAUUUACUCGCACUUUGAGCCUUCUUGGAAUCUACCUGGAUCCGGUACCUUCGCCAAUUGAUAUCCCAGAUAUGUUUUGUCGUUGGUGUAGCGAUUCAAUUCUAGGCAGGCGACUUGCAGAAUAUGGCCUCAAGCCCAAUAGCGCAAGUGAUGGAAAUGGGCAAAAAGCCUUCAUAAGGAUGAAACGUCUGAUGUCCUGGGACCCCUUCAUUACUAAAGGAGGCUAUAUUGGUCUUGCUCGCGAACAAUGCCGAGUGGGAGACGAGAUUUGGCUCAUUGGUGGUUGUAGCGUUCCUCUCAUUCUCUCUCCACAGACGGAAAAUCCAGGUUAUUAUCGGGUGAAUGGCGAAGUAUUCAUUGACGGAUUCAUGUUUGGGGAGAAAGCGAGCACAAUUGUUUCCAAUCCUCGGCUGAUUCGGCGUAUCACUUUGAUCUAA